AUGCGUCAAUUUUUUUUCGACUUUAUUACGGCAGGCCCCUCCGUCUGCUUGGGCACUGCCACCCCGAGCCGGCAACCAGAAUGUCGCAUGCAGCACCAGCAGAAACGCCAAUUCACACAGUCUCGGCAAUUGACAGACAGCCUCUCGGUGGUGGAUCACCCGGCCAAGCUUGUCCGAGUGAACCAAAAGCAUGGGCCUGGACUGAUUAUUCUCGGCUCUUCUUAUACAGCUCUAAUUCCAAUUAUUUCAUUCGGACUGGGCUGUUGGCAGGUCCAUCGAUUGGACAGAAAAACCCAGCUCAUUGCCAAAUUUGAGGACCGUCUUGUCCGACCUCCACUGCCGUUGCCUCCGCGCGUCGACCCUGAUGCUAUAUCUGAAUUCGAUUACCGCCGCGUUUACGCCACUGGUCACUACAAUCAUGACAAGGAGAUGCUGGUUGGACCUCGUAUGCAUGACGGUGAAGACGGUUUCCUUGUCGUUACGCCCCUCGAGCGUGGAGAUGACCAAAGCACUGUGCUAGUCAACCGCGGUUGGAUCUCUAAGAAGCAAAUGGCCCAGAAGGACCGGCCGCAUGGGCUGCCAAAGGGGGAAGUUACUGUGGAGGGACUACUACGUGAGCCCUGGAAGAAGAACAUGUUUACGCCGGAGAAUAAGCCCGCGGAAGGGAAGUUUUACUUCCCUGAUAUUGUGGAGAUGGCUGAAUUGGCCGGGAGCCAGCCCGUGUGGAUUGAGCAGACUAUGAUGCCCGAUCUGCUCCAAUAUUUGGAUUACACGGCGAAAGGUAAACCCAUUGGACGCGCAGCCGAAGUUAACCUGCGAAACAACCAUGCUCAAUACAUCUUCACAUGGUUCGGUCUCUCAUUUGCUACAUCUGUGAUGAUGUGGAUGCUUCUGCGGAAGAAGCCCAAUGAGGCUCUGCGUCGUGUUCGCCAGAACCGUAACUGGUGA